GACCUUCCUAUCUGGAAUUGAGAUAACAUAUUGAAUAAUCGAUCUUUGACAUUUUGAUUGAUUUUGUGGGAUCAACCUUUCUCUUUCUCUUAGUUUCAUCGAUGUCGUUUUCCAAUGGGAAAAUUACCAAAGGGCAGCCAGCCAUUCUUGGCCCUCCUCUCCCUACCCCAAUCAAUAGCGUCAAUGCCUUGUCCGCAUUCUCAAUCAGCUAUUCUGUCAUGAUUAAUGCACCAGCACUUACAUGCCUUGAGAAGCUCAUCGAUACCAAUACCUGGUCAUACUGGAACGCCCUCACCCCUCGUGGAACCAUCACAAAAGCUCCCCCCAUCACCGAUCAAACGACAAAUGAGUCCGAGCUACGUGAAGUCAUCUCUCGCCCUGGUUAUCUCUAUGCAGGGGUGGACUUCACAGUUGAUGUUCAUAUGAAUAAGAACUCAAAACAGCGGACAAAUACAGCCGCUGAAACCGUUGACAGACUAGAGCGCUUUAAGACUGAUGAUGGGAGGCUAGGAUAUCGUGUUACAUGGCGUUACGUCGGCAUGCCGUUCUUCCUGAGCCAUAACGAACGCGUCCACGAGUUCAUAGAAUCCGUCGACCCGACGAAUGGGGAGAAGGUGACUGAGUAUAUUGGCUGGGAGACGUAUGGUGGGCUCGCAGCCUUUAUCAUCAAGUAUACGAUUCACGAUCGCUUUCGGGAUUCGUUUCAGAGAUGGCGCGAAGACUUCAAGGCCGCGGUAGAGAAUUCAUGAUCGGCAUUGGAAGACAGCUCCUCUUGGUUUGCGCUGGAAGAGUCGUUAAUAAACUCAGUGGGGAAGAAUCUGAUGUAAGAACUUUCGAAUGGUUUCCUAUGCUCCUUGAGGCUGCGGGAUGAAAAUGAGCUCACAGUACCAGGUGGUGGUUGUGAAGAUUGUUUCUGCCCGACCUCAGUCGAGACCAAAGAUCUGUUCCCUUGACUUCCACUGGCGCUGGGUAUGUCAAAGGGGGAAUGCCAAUCUAGUGCUGCUCGUAUACAUGAGAACUUUUUAUCCUAG